UGUCCUCCCGCGGCUCCCGUCGCCGGUCCGGGCUGCAGCAGUGAUCCACAUCAGUCCGUGUGUGUCCUCUCAGCUCUCCGUCUCCUGUAGCUUCAGGCACGAACAUGGCCAACGUGGUGCUGGAGUUCAAGGCGUCCGCCGGAGACUCCGAGCCGCAGACCCGCCCUGUGCUGAUUAUCGGACAGCAGGCCAGCCUGCAGCAAGUGAGCUGGAGCGGCGUGAAGGGGAAGCUGCAGCCCGCCGUCAGCAAGGAGGUCUGGCAGGCGGCUCUCGGUGCUUUGAACCCGAACCCCACGGACAGCUGCCCUCUGUACCUCAAUCAUGCCGCGGUGGCCGCGCUCCCUUCACGGGUCAGCAGGCACAACAGCCCGUCUUCUGCCCACUUUCUGUCCCGCCUGGUCCGUUCCUGCCUGCCUGGAGGGAAUAACCGCUGCAUUGUUAUGGUGUGUGAGCGUUCGGAUGUGUUCGCCUCCGGCUGUGCCAUCGCCAGGGCCUUCCCCAUCUUCUCCCGUCGCUCCGCCACCUCGCGCAGGGCUGAGAAGAAGCACGUCACUGUGGAGUUUGUGAUCGUCGGGCAAGACAGCAAUCCUCUGGAUGUCGGUGAACUUGAGUGUCUCUCCAACGCUGCCGAUGGCGUGCGGCUGGCAGCUCGCAUCGUGGACACUCCGUGCAAUGAGAUGAACACCGAUCACUUCUUAGAUGAAAUCAAGGCUGUGGGAACUGAACUUGGAAUCACCCCGGUGAUCAUUCGUGGAGAGGAACUGAAACAAAAAGGGUUUGGAGGUAUUUAUGGAGUUGGCAAGGCGGCAGAGCAUCCUCCUGCAUUAGCAGUCUUGAGCCACACACCAGAUGGUGCAACCCAAACCAUCGCAUGGGUGGGCAAGGGCAUCGUGUACGACACUGGAGGACUCAGCAUCAAGGGGAAGACCACAAUGCCGGGGAUGAAGAGAGACUGUGGUGGAGCUGCUGCCAUUCUGGGAGCUUUUAAAGCGACUGUCAAACAGGGCUUUAAGGAUAAUCUCCACGCAGUGUUUUGCCUCGCAGAGAAUUCAGUUGGGCCCACGGCCACACGGCCUGAUGACAUCCACACUCUCUACUCUGGAAAGACGGUGGAGAUCAACAACACUGAUGCAGAGGGCAGGCUGGUGCUGGCUGAUGGUGUAGUGUACGCCAGCAAAGACCUUUCAGCUGAUAUUAUUCUGGACAUGGCCACGCUGACGGGGGCACAGGGGAUCUCCACAGGGAAAUACCACGCGGCUGUGAUGACUAACAGCGAGCAGUGGGAGGUUGCAUGUGUGCGCGCCGGUCGCAGCAGCGGAGAUCUCGCUCAUCCUCUGGUUUACUGCCCCGAGCUGCACUUCAGCGAGUUCACCUCUGCCAUGGCUGACAUGAAGAACUCCGUGGCUGAUCGGGAGAACGCUCAGAGCUCCUGUGCCGGCCUCUUUAUUGGCUCCCACCUGGGCUUUGAUUGGCCCGGGGUGUGGGUCCAUGUUGAUAUCGCCUCUCCUGUCCAUGCUGGGGAGCGUGCCACAGGAUUUGGCGUUGCUCUGCUAAUGGCCCUGUUUGGUCAGGCAUCGGAUGACUCCAUGCUGAACAAAGUGUCUCCUCUGGGUGCACCCACCAACAUGUCUGACGGAGACCAGAUGGAGCGCGACUGCAAGAGACGACGGCUGGUGUAGAGAACAUGCAUGAUGGUUUACUCCUCCCAACUACUGUUGAAGCAAAAGAAGGAAAAAAAAAAAAAUUCAAUCAUUUUAAACUGUGAUUCAAACUUUGUGUGUUUGAUUAAAUUUGACUUCACUGAAUUAAAAAAGAGAACAAUCAGGAAAAUCGGCGUGUUAAAUAUGAUUGAUGAUGUAACAGGCCUUCAUUUAUCCUCAUGACUUGUCACUUGCUGCACUGAUCACCUCCAUAGCUUCUCCAGUUGCUUUUUUUGAUGAAGAUUUUUGUUUUUUGUUUGGUCUUACCUCGUAAAUCAUAAGUCUUGUUUUCUUAAUCAGCUGUACUGUGAUACUAUAUGCAAAACAAGAAGUUCGCCAUACGUGUUCACAUUGUGGAUACUGGAUGAGGACUAGCAGAGCUAAACUUUUUUAUUUCUAGUAACCGCUGCACUUUGUAUUCACUCUGAGUUAAAAAGUUGGAUUGUGUGAUCUCCGAGGACUGGGUGCUUACUGCAGUGUUUUAACGGUUUUACAACAGUGUCACAUGGGUCAUUGACAAGUAAUGCCACAUAUGCAUUGUCAGCACAAAAUACAACAUACAGGAUGUUAAGUAUUAGACUCCAAACAGAAGUAUGAUGUGUUUCCACCCUUGUGACAAUCAUCUCCUCCCAAUAAAGGCGGUGCCAUCUUGACCUGA